ACAAGUUUGGGGAAUGUGUUAACGAAUUUUUUUGUUUUCCCAAAUCAAAAUUCUAAUACACUCCCCAUUUACUCUGAAUACAACACUUCUUAAAAUUGCUUUCUUUGUCCAUCUUGAAUGCUAUGGAUAACAACGGCACAAGCCCUGAGAACUUCUGGCCCCCCAAUUUCUGGAAUCAAAUAAUAAUAGCAUUUUCGGUUUCUAUGGUGAUUGGACUUGUCAUUGGAAGCAUAAUCUGGGCCCUUUUGACUUGCCUGUCUGGCCGCAGAGCCAGUGCCCACAUUUCCCAUUGGAGCAACUCAUCAUCCAGCCGACGUACCAGAGCUGCUCAUGGAUGUGUUGCCAGCAGGCCUGGAUUCUACCGCAACAGCAGCUGUGAGGGCCGAAGCAAUCUCAGUUUAGCUAGCCUCACCUUCCAAAGGCAAGCAUCUUUAGAUCAGGCUAACUCUUUCCCAAGGAAAUCAAGUUUUCGGGCCUCUACAUUUCAUCCUUUUCUCCAAUGCCCUCCGCUUCCUGUGGAAACUGAGAGUCAGUUGAUUACUGUGGUCCCCACCAGUACGACCACCACACUUGCUAGCACUCCCACCAACAGCUUUUCUCAUCCAGAAUUCACUUGGCCAAAUAACAGUCUUCGGGUCUGUCAUUCAACACAAACUCCGCCUCCCGCUUAUGACUCUAUCAUAAAGGCUUUUCCAGACUCUUGACUUCAAUUCUACGAUUUUCUGUGGGCUGUGAAGAUAUCUGGGAAGCUUACUGUGGCCAAAAAGAACUACAGUGCUGGAACAGAAAGAAUAUAGUGAAACCUGAGCAGAUGGCGUGGAAACUGGAUGUUCUUCAGCUUUGAAGAUCUUUCUCACAAGUGUAGCUAUGUCUGCAGUGUUAAUGCAUUUUUAUAACUAACUUUGCUUGUUGAGCAUUGUCUUUCAUUUAGACAAUACAAAAUGGCUUGCCGUAAAGACCCAAAGCAUAAACACAAUGGUAAAUAUCCUGCUAUUAAUUAGAAGGUAGCGGUGUUUUCUCUUUUAAGAUGGGAUUUUAAUUUCAAAGACUUUUCCCUGGGAAUGUAAAUUUCCAGACUUGAUUUCUCCUAUGACUUGUAUAUCAGUUGCCAAUUUGGUAUAUGAAUGCAGGGUCUUCACUUACUCUUCAGCAGAAAUCUAGGUUACUUUAUGUAUUAGUUUUACGGAACCAAAAGGUUUUUGAUUUAUAUGAUUAGAAAUAGCUACUUCAAAUCACACCCUGAUUAAGACUAGGAGCUAAUUUCCACUUCCCUCGUGUAAAUUUUAUUGAGUCUAGACAUUUUUGCUUCUGAGGAACUGAGGAACUGCUGUUAGAAAACCAAUGCAAUGCCCUACAUUUCUUUUUGCUUUUUUUUUUCAACCCAGUUUGAAAAUUACUGUGGGAUCUUUUUCCCCAAAGGAGAAAAGUAUUUCAGAGAAACACUGGUAUAGCCUUGUAUAGAUUCCUGUACAUAUUCCAGUAAUGAGGAAGCUGAGAGGUAUGUCUUUCAUUAUGCCCUUUCUCUGGUCGUUUGCAUCAUGCAAGGCCUUCCAUGCCUCACUUCAAUCCGCAUUCUGCCCAUUUGCAACAGCCUUCAAACGUGUUUGAAAACAUCAGUUUUAAAAAAAACCAAAUGACUCUCGAGGAUGGGAGUAAAAAAGGAAAUAUGUUGAGAUCCCUUUUCCUAUGUGUGAUGACUUGGAAAUACACUUCAUAUACACCUUAUGAUAUUUACAGAGUAGAGUACAGAAUAGCAGAGUUGAAAGGGACCUUGGAGGUCUUCUAGUCCAAUCUCCUGGAGACCCUAUACUAGAGGUCCCCAAUCUUUUGGGCACCAGGUACCGUUUAUGUGGAGAGAAGCUUUUCCACGGACCGGAAUAUCCACAACUUUGGCAGCAUUCUGCUGAAUUUAAGGGAGCUUGGUGCUGAACAUGGGCACAAGGCUGUAAUCUUAGCACAAUUUCACCCCACCAUGUUCUGUAUUGCCAGUCCCUCCAAAAACAGUUGAAGAAAACUUGCCAAUCUCUUUUUUGAAAUGCAGAGAGCCAUAAUUUUGGUCCAGCACAAUAGCUGAACUUUUACCCUCAAAGGGGGUUGGAGAGCAGGAGAAGCAAAAUAGUUGGAAGGCAGAAAACGCUUCCUGAAAAAUAGCAAUAAUAAUAGCACUUAGACUUAUAUAGCGCUUUAUAAUGCUUGACAGCCUUUUUGCUAAGCCAGUGGUUCUCAACCUUUUUAAUGCCGCAACCCCCAACCGGUCGUAAGUCGAGGACUACUCAACUGGUCGUAAGUCAAGGACUACUCAACUGGUGCAGCACCAUUUGCAGAAUGGGACU